AAGAGGUUAAGAGGAUUCAGGAAUUCCCCUGUUGUGCUGUGACAGUGAGUGACUUGCGAGUUCCGACACAAAGUCGAAAAAGUGAAAGUGUACUCGGUAGGGAGAUUAGUGGACUCAGGAUAUCAUUGUAAAAUCAAUCAAGUUUCCCUUUUGGUUUCGCCUGGGAAAUUGUACAAUAAAAUUGUCACAUUUAUCUGUGCGUGUGUGACGGUGUGUCCAGUACACUGUAGGUCCAUUUUGGAUUUUUCUUUGGAUCAUAAUUAGCUUCUGAGCAGGCUUUUUAGGUGUGCAACUUGGGGUUUAUUGUUUUUGACUUUCUGUAGUAAUGAAGGUAAUAAUUCUAGCAGCAGGGUACGGAACAAGAUUAGAAAAAGAUAUAAAAAAUGACCCAAAACAAAGAUAUAAACAUUUGCUGGGUAUUCCAAAACCCCUCUUCCCAGUUGGUGGGGAAUGUCUAAUAUCAAGGUGGAUAAGUAUUUUGAAAGGCAUACGUGAAGACUCUGAUUGCAAAACGAAUAUUGAUAAAAUAAUUUUGUUGACUAAUCACCAUUUUGUUGGGGCAUUUUCCACAUGGGCAAAGCAAUGGGCUGGUACUGUUGAAGUUCUGGAUGAUGGAACCACUACAAAUGAGACUAGAAUGGGAGCGGUUGCAGACAUUGAAUUUUGCAUUGAAUAUUUUAAAAUAGAUGAUGACAUAUUGAUAAUAGGAGGAGAUACGCUAUUUUACAAGGACUUUGAUUUGCAAUGCUUCUUGAACGAAUUUUAUUCAAAAAAUUUGAACUCUCUUGGUGGAGCAUUAGUCACUUGUUAUCACUGCAAAGAUUCAGAUACAAAAAGAUCAGGGAUUUUGGAAUUAGAUAAAGAAAAUAAGGUCGUUGCAUUUUUGGAAAAGCCUGAUCCUGACAGUACCUCAUCAAGAUGGGCAUGCCCAUGCUUUUACGUUUUCUCAAGAAAAUCUUCGCAACUUAUCGCUGAAUUUCUCAGGGAAAAGAUGAACGCGCCGCUCGAAGAAAAGGAUGCACCUGGGCAUCUUAUUAAAUUUUUACAGGGAAAGGUUCCAAUGUAUGCAGUGCCUCUCAAGUCUGGUCGUUUUGAUAUUGGGCACUUGGAGACCUACAUUGAAUGUGAUCAAUAUUUCUCAGAUUCUUCAUAAACUUUAUGUUUCAGAGGUGUGGUGAUGAUGCUUACACGAAGACUCACAAAACGUCUAUGAAACAUGACAAACAGUUCAAGCUUUUCAGAAACCAGUUAGAACCAAAUUGCACAAAUGUCAUAAAGCUAGAUGAAUUAGAUAAUUUAGCCACUCUGUAAAGGUCAAAAGCGAUGUUUAUACCGAUUUUAAUUUUAGCCCUGUUGCCAAAACGUUUUAGAAUAUUCUUCUGUAUCAUGAAUAUUCUUUUGCAAACGUUUUAGAAUAUUCUUCUGCAUCAACGUCUACGACGUUCAAAAUUAAGAAAUAUUUCCGCCAUAUAGACAAUGUCAAAGGUC